CAUUCCGGUUCCACCAUGAUAAGUGUGGCAUGUUUACCCAGAACAGGCUGGAUUUUUAAGAAUAUCCGAAUUGCUACUUUAUUAGUGCAUGUAUUAGUCGUGCAGUGAUACGGGGGUAUACAUAUAUGUUAAUAUAAUUAGUAAAACAGCAAAACAUUCAAAGAAAAGGCGAGUUUUGUCAACCGCAGGAGUGCCGCUCUUGCUGCUUCUGCGUUGAUGUGCCUGUGAGCUGGCUGACCAAGGUGUAGGGUCCCGUCCAGAUUGCAACAGAGGCAGCAGUGCGUCUCCUUUUCUCCAUCCCUCUCCCUCUCUGUCGCCUUCACUCCCAGGGAGACUCCGAGGCAACAGAUAAGAGAAGAGAUCCCGAGGGAGCAAGCGGCCGGGAGUCAUGCCACUCUUCUUCAGGAAGAAGAAGCCCAGCGAGGAGUCGAGGAAGAGGCUUGAAUACCAGCUGUGCCUGGCCAAGGAAGCUGGAGCCGAUGACAUCCUGGAUAUCUCUGCGUGCGAGCUGUCAGAGAUCCCAGCCAGUGUCUUCUCAACAUGCAAGGUGUUGCAGAAGAAGGUGUUUAUUGUUCAUGACAAUCAGCUGACAUCCCUGGUGCCCAAAUCCUGCAGCAUCACCAGCCUGGUCACUCUAAAGGUGCUGGAUCUUCACGAGAACAAGCUGACCUCACUUCCUGCUGACCUGGGACAGCUGCGCUCCCUGCAGGUGCUGAAUGUGGAGAGGAACCAGCUGCAGUGUCUCCCGGAGUCCAUUGGUGAACUGUCCCAGCUGCAGACCCUCAGUGUGAGAGGGAACUGUUUGUCCAAGCUGCCCCCCUCCCUGGGGAGCAUGAAGAGCCUUCGGACCCUCGAUCUCAGCGAGAACAAAGUGAGGGAGCUGCCCACCGAGCUGGCCAGCGUCCGCACGCUGGAGACCCUGACUCUGGACGCUGCUGCCAUGACCUUCCCCCCGGCCAGUGUGUGUGCAGGAGGCACCGAGGCCAUCCAGCAGUUCCUCUGUGCAGAGCUGGGAGUGGAGUACUGUCCUCCCUCUCAGUACCUGCUGUCUGUGCUGGAGAGGAAGGAGGGGGCUGUGCUGGAUGACUGUGUGGAUGGGGGGAGCUCCUCACCAGUGCAGGAGGAGACCAUCUGGCAGAACAAAUUCCAGGACUACGAGAAGAGAAAGGAGCAGAAGAAUCUGGAGAAGCUGGAGUUCGAGCGUCGGCUGGGAGAGGAGCAGAGGGAACAUGCCCAGCUCAUCCUGCUAAACAACUCCCAGAAGGAGGAUGUCCUGCACUCAGUCAAACAGGAGCAUCAGCGGCUGGAAGCGGGGCUAUGCCAUCAGCAGAGGGUCCUGGAGGCGGAGCGUCAUAGACUGAUGCACCAAUUGAAAGUGGCAGAGGAAAGCAUCACCGGGCGGAUCAAGAGCCUGCUGAUGCAGAACCAGAGGCAGAAGAAAGGUGCUGAGCUGCUGCAGACCCUGGAGAAGGAGAGAGUGCGCACUGAGAGACUGACCGCUAUCACGCAGGAAGAGGCAGAGCGUCUGCGCAGGAAGGAGGUGGCAGCCGCUAUGCAGCAGAUGUUGUCGGAGACCUACUCAAUCAGACUGAUCCAGGAGGCGUGCGAGUCCCGCAGGCAGAGCCUCGUCUCGGAGACCUACAGCAGUCUGGGCCAGAUGGACAGAAAGUUCGAGCAGGUCCUGUCUCUACAGCAGCUGGAUCAGAGCAAAGCCCUCCGUCACAUCCUGCAGGAGGAGGAGAUGCAGAAGGCAGCGUUCGAAGCCCUGCAGCUUCAGAAGGACGGAAUGCACAGAUACAUUCGGAACCAGAUUAAGUUAAUAGAGGCUGAAUUAAUGCAGCUGACAAAGCUGGAGUUAAAGAGGCGUGAUCUGGACACUGAGACCCUACAGGAAGUGCUGUCCGACCAGCGUAGUGCCCUCAGUGACCUCCUGCAGCAGCUCCUCAAACAGAAGGACCAGCGCGAGACGGAGCUCCGUGACAUCCUGGUUGAGAUGCAGCAGAAAAGCGAGGCCAGUCAGGAGAAUUACUGGUUGAUCCAAUACCAGAGGCUGCUGGACUCGAAGCCGCUGGCCCUCCAAGUGCAGGAAGCCGGUCUGCAGCAGGGCUUGGUUGAUCUGCUCGUCGGACUCUCUGCUCAGCACUACCUGCCCAUCCUGGCACACCACCGUGUUUCCACAGAGACGCUGCGGGGCCUGAGCGCGGCCGACCUCAAGCAGAUGGGGAUCAGCGAGGUGGGGGUGCAGCGGGCUCUGCUCAGCUGGGCCCAGGGGCCCGCAGCGUCGCCAGAGCCCUUGAAGGUGGCGGAGAAUGAGUUUGAUCAGGAGGGGGAGAGAGAGUCUCCAUCCAGCCCUCACCCACCCCCCAGCGCCCCCAGCGCCCUGGAAGGUGGGGGGCAAUCCGAGUGUGUGGUCUGCAUGGAGCAUGAGUCUCAGAUCAUCUUCCUGGCCUGCGGUCACGCGUGCUGCUGCUCCAGCUGCAGCGAGGCCCUGCAGAGCUGCCCUCUGUGCCGCGGCAACAUCACACAGCGCAUCCGCAUCUACAGGCACUAGGGGGCCCUACACCAGUGGGCACACACUGCACUCGGUACCUGCUGGGACGGAGCUGCCCCUGUCAUCGUUUUGAGGUCCUCUUCACUAGUCGUUGGAAGAGGGGUCGGGGGUGUUUGGUGGUGGCACUGUGCUCUUGGGUAAGAGGGGCGCUCCUGUAUAAACGGCUGGGGUGGCUUGCUUCCUAAACUGCUUGUAUUUCCCUUUAACUCUAAAUUAUGAGGUGUUGAACACAAGGUGUAGCCAGCUUUCCAUGCAAGUGCUCUUACACAAAGUCUUUUUGUAUGUGCAUGUAUAUGUACUCUGUCUUUUGUGUAUUAAUAAUAAGAGAUAUAUAGAUAUAGGCUAUUCAUCUUAAACUGCUGUUGUGAGUAUGAUUUGGGGGGGGGUCAUAACUUGGCCACAUUUUGCAGAAAUAGCAAAAAAAGUGUAAUAAAGCUGAAUGUAAUCUAGUUGCUGAGGCUCAAGCAAUGAGAACUGGCUUUGCCAGACUCCCCCCCAGCAGUGGGUUUGCUGCUCAUGUGCUUCUGAAGAGAUUCCACUUCACGGUUACAAGGCUGUUUCCUUGCUGUCCGUCCUUGCAUGCUCACGCCAGCAGGUGCACCUGGUGGGAGUGACUCUGUCCGGUAUCCGACACACAGUGUGGACUGCACCACUACUGCUGCUUAGAGCCGCGCUCGGAUCUCUGGAGCUCAACGGAGUUACUCGGGCUCUUUUGCUGUUCGAAAGUCACAGCAGAGCUGCACCCAGCCCCUUGUUUUAGAUGCGUUAUUGACAGUCUCUAGACCUGUAGGUUUGUGAUUGGAGGGGAGCUGUGUUAUACAGGGAGGCAUGACAGCUCAAACUCCUGCCUGCUGCUAACUGAAAUGAUUGAGGGUGUUUCUCAAAGACAGGACUGGGUGCAAGUUUCUUACUUUGGUCAGAUCUUGAGUCUUAACCCAAACCAGGGAGCGUUUCUCGUGAGCUUCCUGCAUCGCCCCAGCCUGUUCUGUAUAAGCUGCAUGAAGCUGCAUGAACCCACUCGCCUGCCCUCCAUUUGCUGAUAAACACGGGGUGCUGGCGAUUCUAGAGCCAGCUGAUUACUUUGCGUUUCGUUAUUUGAAUGUAAAGGCUAUGAGUCCAUGAGAAGGAAGCCUAGCUGUGCUGUGGCCAGUGUUUUUAUAUGGAAUGGAAUUACCAUUCAGCAAUGUUUGCAGGAUUGAACUUUUGCAUUGCACUGUGCUUAUUUCCACGAGACUCAAAUCUUACGUCCUGUAUCCCCACUUGUACAAUUUUUGCUGAUUUUUUUUUUUUGGUUGGUUUUUUUUUUUUUUUCUUACUGUGCAUCUGUUGUUUUGAAUGUCAGAGCCAUCUUUAAACAAUGCAGUCUUUCAGUCUGUAUCUCACAGUGCUGCACUGCACACUGAAAACAGCAGCAGCUCUCUCAGUGGCUGUGGUGGUAGACCUGGAAUCUCCUCAUCCUUCUCUCAAGGUCUAUCGCAGAGCAAUGAAUCGCUUCAGCUGAACAAAUGCGCCAGCUGUCUUGUGAAAUGAUCCUGUGCAUCUACUCUGUUUUAUCCAGUAUUUUUUAAUACCUUUGAAGAGAUGUGUGAAUUGUUUCUAUACAUCUCCACCUGUAAAAAUCCAGUUAAAUCACUGCUGUUCGCUUGUAUUUGGUUUGUUCUGCCUGCGUGGGUUACAUGUACUCUGGUCACUUGAGUUUUGUGUGCAGUGUUGAACCUAUCCAAAUAAACUGUUUUGUGGAUCACGCUGUCUGGUAUCCUCUUAUUAACGGGGGUCCCCACCCACCCCCACACUGCAGGAGAGCGAGCAGCGCCCCUCCACUUCAAACUUUAUCCUAAAGAGGAACUGAAUGUGACACACACUGUGUGAACCAGAAGAGGAUCAAAGUGGGCUCUAUUUAAUCACUCUCUUAAAUCAACUCAAGAAGCGUUCGACUUUAACACACGUCGAAUGAACGCACUCAUUUAAAAUACCUUUUUUGAGCAUGGGUGCCCUGGGGCCAGCACUAAAAACAAACACACAUUUAGCAUCAGCUGUAAAAUGUAUUAUCAGGGAAUGAA